ACGCGCCGCCCGGGGUACCCCGGCGGAUCGUCCUCGCGGAUGAAGACCGUGGGACUCGAACAAAGGAUGCCGUGGUCGCUCUCGGGAGAAUCGAAUUCCUGCUAGAAGAGGAAGGUGCGUUUCAAAAACGAGGCACAUUUCGUUUACUGAUCGCGGGCGAUCCUCACCCCGCGCGGGUGAAGUCGCCCCAGAGGGAUAGUCAUCGAGUACCAAGUAGCCGUGCCUCCUCUCGUCCUCUCGAUGGACCUGACGGAGGCGUUUGCCCCGGGAGGUGGGGGCGAGGACCUCGCCAAGACGGACUUUUUCGACUUCGUGGUGUCCCCGCCACCAGCGCCACCCCAUUGUGCCUCGACGGACGGGAUUUCCGACGAAGAAAGCUACCUGCACCGUGGAGGAUGCAGAAGCAUCGGCUUCCUGCAAGAUCCUCGCCACGAGGAUCACGAACAACACUCGGGUUUCGUGAAAGAAACGAACAACAACACCCUUACGGCAUUGCCGCCGGUGUCGACGAUCACUGGAUCCUUGGGACACCACCAUACUCACCACCACCACGGUCGCAGUCAUCACGGUUGUGGAGUGCAGAGUCCAGCCGACGUGGCAAUGGACCAGUCGGAUUGCGACUACUGGACGGACGAUAGCAAGGAGCAAACCUGCAACAUCCUUUUAGAGGAUCUGAAUAAAUAUUGCUGGUCGGCAAGUGGUCCCGGACCACACGAACACGGCGACGGAGUUUCCGCAGCGGGCGAUGCUGGCCUUCCAGGCCGCGGGUGUUCCGUCAGCAACCGGCAAAAUACCGACGGCGCCAUCUACACGCUUACGGUACUGAAUAACGAAGCAAACUCCAUGGAUGGCAUCGAUUGUUGCAAGAGUCCAACCGCGCCUUCCGGGGAUUCGUGGUCGCUGCGACCGAAUCUCGACUUGGACGCUAUCCUCAGUCUGGAAUCGACUGGAGAACACGAGCACGAUCAAGCCUCCGACUGCAACACCCGUAGCAUCGCCAACGAUAGGUACCACGGAAUCACGGUGACGGCCUCGCCAUUUGUUACCGACGACAGCGGCUUUGGAGAGAGCAAGGACAUUUGUUCCGGUAGAACGGGUCAGACGCGACCCGCCGGGGACAACAACAACGACUGGAAGCUAUCCGAUCAGAACCACCUAAGAGAAGCCGCCGUGGCUGUGAGCGAUGCCGCGGAGAGUCUCCUUAGAAGUGCUCUACAAGGCAAAUUGUACGCUGCAAGCGCGGCCCAAGUUGCAGCCUCCACUUCCCAAACUGGCGGUGGAAACUCCUUGGCCAUGUCGGCAACCAGCGGCACUGGUGCCGGUACUACGACUGGCGGUCUCACGAAUAUGAUGGCGCAAGACCAUCAUCAGCAGCAGCCAGCCCCCCAGCAACAACAGCAACAGGAGGAACCGAUGCACUCCUGCACCGAGGAAGACCUCCUGCUGUCGGAACUGGAUGCCAGUACGUAUCGACCCGGUGACUACGAGAAGUUGAAGAGCAUCGCCAACGAGGUGGUCGAGUCUUACUGUAAUCUGGAGCCCGUUUGCAACGUAGCCGCUACCACGACCACCGUCAUGUACACCCUGGAUCCCGCAAGCGGUAGUCUGGGGACAAUUACUCUACCCGCUGACCUAAGUCAAGUAGGUACCGUGACCGUUGUCACGGCUUCUCAGCAGGACGUCAUGCAAUCUGCCGGCAGAGCCGAUCCCGAAUCGACCAGCCAGAGCCACAUGCAGAUCACGGCCAGUCGGGUGGUCUCAGCUGCCGGUUCAACGCCUUCCAAGACCCCGAAAAAGUACUGCAGACGAGCCAAUCGCAGCGGCAACAAUGGGAACGUGGCCAAUUCUCAGAGUUCCGCAGCCACGACGGGAAAUGGCGCGUCCGGUCAGCAACAAGGCUCGCAAACUGCUGCCGGUGGCUCCCCCGGAAGUGUCCAGAGGAAGGAACGCUCCCUUCAUUACUGCAGCAUCUGCAGCAAGGGCUUCAAGGAUAAGUACAGCGUCAACGUCCACAUUAGAACGCAUACGGGAGAAAAGCCGUUCGCUUGUUCUUUGUGUGGCAAAAGUUUCCGACAGAAAGCGCAUCUCGCGAAACACUAUCAAACCCACGUUGCACAGAAACCCAGCAUCGCCGGGGCAGCCAGCAACGGGAAUGCCACAACCACUGCUAACCAGACCGGAAAUGGAACUUCAUCGGAUGCCAACUCUUCCAGGAGUCAAACUCAUGUUUCUAAUGAUCCUUCCACUUGUAAUCCGUCCAGCUAGUUUUUUAUAUAUUCUAUAUAUUAUACGUAUACGUAUUAUUGUCGCGAUCUUCCCUUCUCUUGCCGUCUCAUCUUGUAUCUUGAUAUCUUGAUCCUUGUGUUUCUCCAGAGAUAGGCGAUUGUUAUUAACUUAGGUAUAACUCGUUGAAAUUUAAUCACUAAUUCGAGGAACCAUCGUUUAAUCGCGUCCUUCCGUCGAUCGUAAUGCCGUGCCGUCAAAUGGUACGUUAAAGUUAAUCUUUCAUUUCUGGGAUAGUUGAAAACUAAUUCACUUUGAUGUAAGAUUGUCAUUAAUUAGUGAUUAAAUUUCGAUCGGUAGCUCGUAAGUUGGUUAAUUGACUACUUAUCGUUUAACGUAAUAGGUGACAACGAAUUGCAAGGUGCCCGUCUUUGUUACUCACUUUAGCAUUCCUCUUUUUGCUACCUUCCGUUUCGUCUGACAAUUUCUUCGCGUUAGGCACAAUUGGUUCGGAACUGUGCCAAAUUGUUCGCUUCGAGGAGAUAUUCACUCAGAAAAUCGUGGAUUUUAAGGUGAUGCGAAAGCGACCUCGAAGAGGCUUCGUUUAUGAAACUUUUCACCGAAUUGGGGGUACCGAAUCGUUUCAAACUUUACGAUGUGAACAUGGAUGGCCGUAAAGAAGGUCCCGGCUCUCUCGCAAAUUCAAUUUUUCGAAAAUAUCUUUAUAGCCGUUUUAAACACUUUUUAUAAAAAAUGAAA